AGCCAGCGGCUCUUAUUACAGUGGCAUGUGUGCUUGUAAAAAAUUUGUAGAGGCCGGAGUCAAAAAGUGACGGCUCAAGCAGAGAUAAUUUAACUUUGUCCAAAAUAGCAGAGGGCUAAUUUUUUGUAUUCUCAAAAGUUCUAUUUCGUCUCAGAAAUUUUUUUUAUAAUUUUUAUUUACUGUGUCAGUGAAACAAAGUGCUUGUUAUUUUUCUAAGUGUUUAAAACGAGAUAGGUCAGGUUUUUCCUACGACUAAAAUUUAUUGAAGUUUUCAUUGUCGUCUUUUAAGACAAUAAUUUACGAAUUGUAUAGUCAACAAUGAAAAUAUAAGGUAAAUAAAGUGAAUUUUGUUACCUUACAUUGUUGCAAAUUGCAGUUUUUUUCACCACUGACACAGUAAAAAAUAUUGUGUACACAUUUGUGUUAAAAGCGAAUUCAUGAGCUCGUGAUAAAAUUACCAGCACUGAUUAAUGUCUUCGAAUCUAACAGACAGUGUGUCUGGCCCAAGUAUAUUUAGAGGAGCAAGUGGUCAACAGCUUUUUCUGGUUGAAAAAAGCGAUACGAGCGGCACAUUACUUCAGAAUCGAAUUUUAGAAUUCCAGUUGUACAACAAUAAUAAACUUAUCAAUUUUUGGUUCGAUAUUCCAAUAUUGUUGUUGAGUAUAUAUUAUUGGAGCACAAAUUUCCAAUGCUUCGCCGCUAUUUUUGUCGCAAUUUUGCUUAUAAUGCUAAAAUGUAAAUUUAUUAUAUUGGCUGUGAAAAAUGAUACUCUGUUAGUUGUUGAGUCAGUCGGGAUACAAAUCAUCAAGAAAAGAGUUUUAAAUUGCUUUGAAUCAAACAUUUUUCUUCCUUGGAACACCAUCAAAAACGUAUUUAUCCAUGAAGUUAUAGUUGGGCACAAAGUCUUAUACUACUUGGCUUUUAUAACAAAAGAUUCGUCGAAUGACAAAGACGGAAUAAAAUUAGUUACACUCUUCAGUCAACUUGAGCCUGAGAAAAAAUGCCUGGAAUACAUGUUCGAACGUCUGACAAAUUUGAUUGGAUAUACCGAGAAAAAGAACCUCUUUUAACGGUACCUGGGUCGUAUUGGCUAUGUCACAAAAAGAAUAUUUAUAAAUUUACUUUCAAGUAUCAUCGGCAUUCAAAAGACAACAAAAAUUUUAGUCAUGGCAAAGAGCUGAUGAAAGUUAUCCGUCGAAUUAUAAAAUCCCAACCGCGUCAAGGCCAGCAAUUCGGUACGCGACAUCUUCUCGUUACUUACAAUCAUUCAUCAUGGACUCGGCAAGACAAAAUGUUUGCUAUGCUAAAGUUCCGAGAGAGAACAAACGCGACAGCUUUUUCCCGCGCUUUUGUGCUCACUGUUAAACUUCUUUCUGUUAAUUUAAUUUUUCAAAAUGGAACGGAAUUCGAUGAUCUAGUUGAGUAUGACGACAAUAUGAAAAAUAAGUGGGACAAUAUCGAGCAAAAUGAUUCGAAAAAAUCUAAUGAUAUUUCACAAAAUAUUGAGUCCGUAUCUACAGAUAAUUUAGAAAAAAUGUCUGAUGACUCAACGGAAUUUAAAUCCUCAAACUCUGAUAGCGAAAAAAUUACAGAACCUUUUUCUAGUGGUAUAGAAAUUUCUGAACCCGUGAAAAAAAGUAAUGUUUCAUUUUUUGCAGACCUUAAAAACCUGCCUAUUUUAGAAAGAUACAUUUCGGAACAGCGAGAUCCUGCUAAACCUGAUAGUUUUACCGGCAACAAUGAAGAAGGUUUCAAUGAAGUGCACGAGUCCAUAGACAUGCCGUAUCAAUAUUUGAUCGAACGAGAAAUAGAGCGAACAAAUUCAAAAGCUAUCGAUGAUUCAGAUAAGCAACCGGUAGCUAAAAGUGCAGCAGAAAAACCAACGCGGGAUUUGCGAAAUGAGCCCGCGAUAUUUCGGGCCAAGACUUUUUCCACUUCGAAUAUUAUCGAUAAUGCAACAGCUCGGUCAGCCAACAUCACAGAUCUCGUUAUGGAAGGCCUCAUGUUCACAAUCUCCCAGAAUCAAGACAGUAUUACAGUUCUAGAACAAAAAACAAAAUCGGAACCAGAUGAAGUUCUAGAGAACUCCGAGAAAGCUGAAACAGUCAAAGGUAGCAAACAUCUUAUCAAUUCAAGUUUAUUAAAAUUAGAAAAUUUAAUUACCAACAUCGAAAAGUCAAAUAAUCACAAUACAUCACUGGAGCGUGGAAAAGAUAAAAUUACAUUCCCAUCUAAUAUAUUUUGUAAAGGAAAUUUAACAAAACCGGAAAAUUUAAAAUUAUAUCCUAAUAAAUUAGCCGACAGUACAGACAAAGCUGACAUGAGUAUUCCCAUACUUACUGAUGUAAAUAAACGGAAAUCAACGGAAACAAAAAUUAGUGAAUCCACAAGUUCGCAACGAUUGCCAAUGAUUUCUUCUCAGCAAAAAGAACCCGCGUUUACUGGGAUCAAAGAUUUUAGUGAUCACACGCAUUGUAGUUAUGAUGAUAAACCCAAGUACUCUAGUUACGAUAACUCUUUUGAUUCAAAGUCAUCAAUUAUAGAGAACGUAUUAAAACAUGCGACGAAAAAAAUAAAUUCAAAUGAAGAAAAAAAGUAUUCAAAUGAUGAUAAAAUUUAUAACCAGCAUGAAAAAACUGACACUGAUGAUGAAGAUGAAGAAAUCAUCCCAGAAGCUCUUCAAAAUGAUCAGUCCAUUUGUCGUAAAAUAGACGAGACUAUUUCGUCAUCGAUUCAAAUCGAAGAAAGUAAUCUUCUUAUGGAUGAUGUGGACUCUGAAAAACAAUCUCAUUCAUUAAAUGAAAGCCAGUUGAUUAAUCGAACAAAUGCACCGCGAGUAAUCUCUAAUGAGGCAGUUCAGUAUGACUUAUCAUCACUACGCACACCGAAACUCCAAGAUUUGAAACUAAGCUCAAGUAAUGAAAGCUUCGAUGCCCGGAAGAAAUGUACAUACAGUUCGGAAAGUUGUUCUGCGGAAAAUGACCGGAAAUCGUGUGAGGAAAUUGCUGUGAGUAAUCGUAAAAAACUCGUCGCGAAACGCCGACUGUGUAGACAACAAUUGGAUGCUGACAAUAAAGACAUUACGAUAGACAUGUGGAAAUUUUUACAAGAUAUAACACAUGGUGUAAAAGUUGUUUUACGGCGAUUAAAUUUAUCGAAUAUUAGCAACAAUAAAAACACUUGAAAAGUAUUAACAUGUAAAUGUAUAAACCUAUAAUUAUGUACUCUAUAUAAAUUUAUUACGUAGUCAACAAAUCAA